UGCUAAGCAACCCAUUAACAGUGACGUACUUAAUGUACGAACCAUUGAAAGAAAUAUACUGACAAUACUUAAGAAGUGCUGAUUCACUGAAUAUUUCAAUUGUCAACUGUUUUGGUCUUCACUUAUCACUGAAUCCAAUAUCAUUUGAACGCAAAUAAUGGCUCGUCGCUAUGACUCUCGUACGACAAUCUUUUCACCCGAAGGACGUCUUUAUCAAGUGGAGUACGCAAUGGAGGCCAUCGGCCACGCGGGCACUUGUCUCGGCAUACUUUCCAAAGAUGGUAUUGUCUUAGCGGCCGAAAAGCGGAACACAAACAAACUGUUGGACGAGAUAUUCAACUCGGAAAAGAUCUAUAAAUUACAUGAUGAUAUGGCGUGUAGUGUUGCCGGCAUUACAUCAGAUGCUAAUGUGCUGACCAAUGAAUUGAGACAAAUAGCUCAGAGAUAUCUUCUUCAGUACGGAGAGAGUAUUCCAUGUGAACGAUUGGUCAGUUGGUUGUGUGACAUAAAACAGGCGUACACUCAGUAUGGAGGCAAACGACCAUUUGGUGUAUCCAUACUUUAUAUGGGUUGGGAUAAACAUUACGGCUUCCAACUGUAUCAGUCGGACCCGAGCGGUAAUUACGGCGGAUGGAAGGCCACAUGCAUUGGAAACAAUAGCAAUGCCGCCAUAUCUAUACUGAAACAGGAAUACAAAGACGGAGAAACAAGUCUUAAGGAUGCCUUAGCUCUUACCGUUAAAGUAUUGAGCAAAACAUUGGACACAACUAAACUUACUGCUGAUAAAUUGGAAAUGGCGACUCUUACGCGUGAAAACAACAAAACAAAAAUAAGAGUUUUACCACAAAAUGAAGUGACAGUACUUAUUAAAGCUUUUGAAAAGGAAGAACAGGAGAAGGCAGAGGCGGCUAAACGCGAAAAAGAGUCGGAAAAGAUUACCAAAAGCUAGACAUUGAUUGACACAAUUUUUUCUUUUUUAUUAUUAAUAAAAUACUAAUUAAAA